AUGACGCGUGCCACGUCUGAGGGGUCGUCGACCCCUUCCAAGCAGGAGGACAACUUCGCCGGCACCACCAAUGCACACCUCGUAGCCGACAAGACCACAAAGCGUCGGUUCGGUCCCUCGGCCAUCGCCGAGGACCUCCGCGACCACUGGCGUGUCUACAUCCUCGGCAUCUGCGCCUCUUUCGGAGGUCUGCUUUUCGGUUGGGAUACCGGUCUGAUUGGAGGCGUGCUCAAUAUGCCUGCAUUCAAGAAGGACUUUGGCCUCGAGAACAACGAUGCCAAGCUCGCAGCACUCAAGGGCAACAUCGUCUCGGUGCUUCAGGCCGGCUGCUUCUUUGGUGCCGCCGCCAGUUUCUACCUGCCCCACCGCUUCGGCCGCAAGCAGGCCAUGCUCAUCUCGGCCACCGUCUUCCUCAUCGGCUCCGUCAUCCAGACCGUCUGCCGCUUGAACGGCCAGAGCGCCAACGCAGCACUCAACCAGCUUUAUGUAGGGAGGGUCAUCGGGGGAUUCGGCGUUGGUCUUGCAUCUUCGACUGUGCCCAUGUACUUGUCCGAAUGCGCACCGCGCGCAAUCCGUGGUCGCCUUGCUGGCAUGUACCAGUUGCUCAUCGUCACCGGUAUCUGCAUCGCCUACUUUGUUAACUACGGUAUGGUGCAGAACUAUCCCGACCAAACUUCGAGCGCCAUGUGGCAAGUGCCAUUUGCCCUCCAGUGCCUCCCCGGCGUGCUCUUUGUCGUCACUCUCCUCUUCCAGCCCGAGUCGCCUCGAUGGCUCGUGGAGCAGCAGAGGAACGCAGAGGCGCAGAAGUCGCUCGCCCGCAUCAACCGCGCCGACGUCAACGACCCUGUCGUCGUCGGAAUCCUCCGCGAGAUCGAGCAGGAUCUCGAGGGCAAGUCGGGUCUGUCGCUCGUCCAGCAGCUCAAGAUGGCUUUCUCGGACCGCGUCACCACCUACCGAGUCUUCAUCGGCGCCUUGCUCAUGUUCUUCCAGCAGUUCACCGGCACCAACUCGAUCAACUACUACUCGCCCCAGAUCUUCAAGUCGCUCGGCAUCACGGGACAGUCGAGCGGCCUGCUCGCAACGGGCGUCUACGGCGUGGUCAAGAUCAUCACCACCGGUCUCUUCAUGGCGGUGGCCAUCGAGCAGCUCGGACGAAAGUGGUGCCUCAUCAUCGGCGGCCUUGUGCAGGUGUUUACGCUCUUCUGGAUCGCCAUCUACCAGGCCGUUCGUCCUGCAGGCACGCCUGUCGAUGGCGUGGGCUACCUCACCAUCGCCAUGGUCUACAUCUUUGUCGUCGGUUACGGACUCGGUUGGUCUUCGGUCACCUGGGCGGUCAGUGCCGAGGUGGCACCCAACCAGUUGCGUGCGCUUGCCAUGUCGGCUGCCACCAUGAGCCAGUGGUUCUUCAACUUUGUCAUUGCGCUCAUCACGCCGCGUGCGCUCGAGCACAUCAAGUACGGCACAUUCCUCCUGUUUGGCGUCAUGACGAGCGUGGCGGUCGUCUGGGCUGCCUUCUUCCUGCCAGAGUCGAGCGGCGUCACCCUCGAGCUCAUGCACCGCAUCUUCGAGGGCAACAUCAUCUCCAGGUCCGUGCAGGACCUUUCGCCCGCCAAGCGCAAGGUUUUCCGCGCAAGGCUCCUGGCCGAAGUCGGCGGCACGGCUGAUGAUGGUAUGGUCAACGAAAAUGUCCGCGCGAAUGAGGCCGCUUUUGCAACGCUCAACAGGGAGGAGUCGUACGCUGCCAAGAAGGUCGAUGACGAUGUUGUCAAGACCGCCGAUGCUGGCGACUCGGAUGCAGACCACGCGCGCAAGUAG